AAAUAUUUCAUAACAAACCAUCCAUCUUUCAAAAUAUGUGAAAUAGUAGUAACAAACCAAGACGGAGGGCGGCAACUCACCGCAUGUCAUAAAUACGGCUUUGUUAACAGUCUUGUUUUGUGCGGCUCUCGUCAGAGUUCAGUUUGUUUAACAGAGAGACGUUGAGAAUUUCAGCGUGCCUUCCUGCCAUCAUCUGACCUUGCCACUUAGAUGGUAAAGUGUGUGGUUAGUUUGGUCAGACGUUAGUGUCAUGCACGUGUUAUUUACCUGUCUGUUCUUUCACUGUGUAGAUGUGUGUGUGUGUGUCUAGUAGAGGUUAUGGAGUGCUUCAGUAUAAGAGAAGGACUGUGUGAGCAGCAGAUGUUUCAGAGAGAGUCAGUUAGCCUCAUUUCCUGGGCGGAGAGCUCUCGGCUCCAAUAGUGAAACAACGGGAGCCCGGAAAGAGGGUGAACAUAUGCAGGAGAGAGAGAAGUUAUUGGAACGUUAAGCUCUCUCACAAAUCAUUUUGUCACUCUGACAAGCGAAGGAGAGAGAGAGAGGACUAAUAAAAGAGAGGCACAAGAGAGGAAGGAGGUGUGAGGGAUUUUUUUCUUUAGGACUCAAGGCAUGAAGGUGGACGGACAGAACUGAAGAGAAGCAAGAGGAGUUAAGGGAAGAGGACAUUCGCACCUCAUUUACUCUUGGUGUUACUGCGGUUCACUCGUUUACAGCCCGGGCACUUUUGGACGGUUCAUUUCUUUCAUCCUUUCGGUUUGGUCCAUCUGUCAUUCGAAACUUGUGGGUUGAAGGUCGUGGUUAGUUUGUUUUGCCCGACACAUUACAUCAUUGGGUCUCGGGUGGUUUCCAAGAUCUAUUUCUGUUUCAAUUUCCGUCGAUGGCCAUGUGAAUAGAUCUAUCCACAAAACCUGCUACUUACUUCAAAGAUCUAACCUAAAGGCUUUGCUACAUAAAGUUAUACUUACUUAGACAUUGUAGAAGUAAUUUGUAUUUGUAGCAAGUCAUCAAUAGUGUUAGUAGAAAAAAAACGUCUCAUUCAGAGAGACUCAUUCAGCUUUUAAAGCAGACACAGCCCUUGUCUCAUUGCAAAUACACUUUGGAUCAUUGAGACACAGACACAUGUGGAAGGCUCUGUGUCAAAAACCAUUGAAGCCGACUGUGAGCAAAGAGGAAGAUUAUUAAGGAAACACGUUUACAAGCGUAUCAUUGUGUCUGGACAUCAGCGUGUGUGUGUGUUUUCACAGCAGGACUGAACGCUUGUUCAAGACUGGGGAAAAAAAAAGUCCUUCCAGACACGUGGGCAAGAACAAGCUUUCUUCUGUGUGUGUCUGUCAGCAAUGAACCAGCAGUUAAAAAGCUAUCCAUGUGUUUUGUAAGUUUACGUAUUGCAUGUGCAUGCCAGGUAUUCAGGUAUAGCGUAUUGUGUGGGAUGCUCUGUGUGGAUGCAGAUCUGGUGAUACAGGCAACCGGGGAUCUCCUUAAACACACAGACGUCAGCCGCAUUCAUUAAUAAAGGUGCUUUCCGAGAACAUCAUCAUCAGGUAGCAUACAUCAUUCACCUGUAACACUACCGUUAUUGUUUUCCCCGAGCACUUCACGUCAACCACGUAAGAUCUCUGCCUAAAAUCGAUUGGAAGAGAACUCGGACUCACACUUGGCACCAUGAGGUUAUUUUGCUUGGCGCUGACAGCCCUCUACAUGGUGGCUGGCACAGAGAGCAUGUCAACCUGCAGGACUCUAGACCUGGACAUGGCAAAGAAGAAACGGAUAGAAGCCAUCCGAGGUUUGAUCCUCAGCAAACUGCGCAUGGACAAAGAACCAAAGUCCGACGACGAGGAGGAACGUCAGAGGAUCCCGGACUACCUGCUCUCGCUCUACAACAGCACGGUUGAACUCAACGAAGAAAUGAAGACGAAGCCCGUCCCCGUGCAGGCUGAAGAUGAGGACUACUUCGGCAAAGAGGUUCACAAGUUUAUCAUGCGGCAAGCCCCGAAUGGCACAAAGCAUCAGAUGGUUUUUAACGUGUCAGAGAUGCGUCAGGGUAUCCCAGACCACCGGCUGCUCUCUCAGGCUGAAUUACGGCUUCGAAUCAAGAAUCCUACGAUGGACCAGGAGCAAAGACUGGAACUGUAUCAUGGAGUGGGUGAUCAGGGCCGAUAUCUGGGCACUCGAUUCGUCUCAAAGGCCUCGGCCAAUAGCUGGCUCUCAUUCGAUGUAAAGCAGACAAUCACAGAAUGGCUCCAGAGUUCAGAAGACGAACAGAGUUUGGAGUUAAGAUUAUACUGUGGAUGUAAGGCAGAAAAAGACCAGCAGAAGUUCCUUUUUAUCAUAUCAGGACUUGACAAACAGAGAGGUGACACAGGUCCUCUCGCAGAAAUGAUGGUGAAACCAUACAUCUUAGCUUUAUCUUUGCCGUCUAAUGGAAGCUCUCUUGCAUCCGCUCGCAGGAAGCGAGCCCUCGGCGCAGAUGAAACCUGUGAUGAGAAAUCUGAGACUUGCUGUAUGCGAAAGCUCUACAUAAACUUUCGCAAAGAUCUGGGUUGGAAAUGGAUUCACAAACCCGAGGGUUACCUCGCAAACUACUGCAUGGGUUCCUGCACCUACAUCUGGAACGCUGAGAACAAAUAUUCAGAGGUAUUAGCUUUGUACAAACAUCAUAACCCUGGGGCAUCUGCUCAGCCUUGCUGUGUACCUGCAGUCCUGGACUCUCUGCCAAUUAUUUAUUAUAAGGGAAGACAACCUAAGGUGGAGCAGUUGUCCAACAUGGUGGUGAGGAGUUGCAAGUGCAGUUAAAGUUGAUCAUCGAGUCUUUCAGAGCUUUCUAUCUGACUUUAUAUGAAUGAUUAGCAAGCAAACGGACAUGGCCACACAUGGAGAGGUGGACUUUAAAGAUGGGAAAAUUAUAAAUGAGAAAGAAGCAGUGAGGAUAAAGUUCGUCUUAAAUGGAAAUCCCAAACUUUUUUCUCAGCUAUGGACCUCUGUAGUGAAACAAGAACCCACACACAUACAUGAAGCAUUUCAUCAAACAAGCUUAAUAUUAAACCAAAUAUAUGCUUUGUUAUAUUUUUAAAUGUUUACUCUGUUUACAUGUUUCAUAUCCAUUAAUUUAUUUUGCUGGUUAAGUUUAUAUUUGGAUUGUACUAUAUUGGCAGCAUUUGAGGGAGCACUGCAUGCCAAAUAUGUACAAUGAAGAUUUCUUAUGGUGCUGACGAAAGAAAUCAUUUCACCAGUAUAAAGUGGCGAUAAAACACUCACGAGAUAUGUGCAAACGUUGAUUUGCAAGGUCUCGUAUAUGUGGCUAUAAACAGCCCAACACACUUGGGAGUUCAUGCAAAUGUCUCACUUGAACAGGUGUGCAUUCAAGAGGGCCUGAAUGUCACGAAGAGGAACGCGAGGAACACGAGAGGAACGGUUGAGGAAAAGCCAUGUAGGAAUUUUGAAUGAAGCUAAAUGCCCCUUUACUCACAGUAAGACAGAUGUCACAUAAUGUAUUCCUGUGUUCCCUAGAUAUUUCAGAUGUCACAUUAGCACAGUUAUUAACUCCCAUCUCUUCAAAUCCUUAAGUUUGUUAUUCCUCAACUAUUUUGAGGCAGUGAUUUAGAAAAGGAUUUGUUCGGGAAACUUAGCAAAAUGUCCACAUUUCAAUCUAAAAAACAGCAAUAAAAUGUAUUACAUUUUGUAUCAAAUAAAGUCUGUUAAGGAUUAUUUUCAUGGCAAUUAAGCACAUUUUCUCUUUUAGACUUUUAUUAAGGCUGAUUGAUACUCCUGCGUCAGACCUACAACGUCCAAUGCAGAAGUAUAAAUCAGCCUUUAGUGUAAUUCAGUCUUUUUUGGUUUUCUUACACAAUAAUCUUAGCAUCUGGACUUCUAAAAUGGAUCAAUAGCCAAACAUUCAUUUAAUAAAGUUUACAAAGUGAGACUUCAGGAAAUAAGUGGUAAAGUAAAAAUUUUGAUAAAGAAAAAAGCCAACCACUGGGAAGAUUGUUGAAUUAAAUUAAAUAUUACUUAACAAUUAGUUUGCUCUCUUUAUUUGUUUAAUGUCAAACAAAAAUAUUUUGAAAAAAUUCUGUUGUAAACUCAGUCGGUUCUUUCACUCCAUCAGUAAUGAUCAACACCAUCAGGUAAAAGAUUUUGUUCAUUUUGAAAGAAGUACAUGAUAUGAUGUCUUAUUUACCUAAGAACAUUGGUUAUACACUGUCAGGAAAAAAGUACACUGUAAAAAAUGCUGUAGUUCUGCAGCUGUUUGCCUGUAGAUUUAAAUUGAUGUUAUUUUCUGGCAACAGUCUAAAUGAACAUUAAACAUUAACAAGUCUUUGAGCUCUAUCAUACACCUGGCGCAAUGCGCGACGCAAGUGUCUUUUGCUAGUUUCAACCCGGUGCAAUGAUAAUUUUCACGUUUAGCGCCAAGUUAUUUAAAUAGCAAAUGCAUUUGCGCCCAAUUUUGCGCCCAUGGGUGUUCUGGGGUGCGUUUCCCAAAAGCAUCGUUAGCCAACGAACAUCGUAAGUUCCAUCGUUACUGUCAUCGUUCAACGAUUUGGUGUUUCCCGAAACCAUCGUUCAAACAAACAUUCGCAAACUGCAUCGCUAACUUGUGACAUUGGAACAACAGCUCUUGACCUGUUGUUAGAAGCAUAGGGCUUUGUUAUUAUCAUAUGUAUUCUUACGUUGAUCAUGCUUUUGAACAAAAUAAGCAAAAAACAUGUAGUACAAUGUAUAUCCAUCAUUCUAAAUAUAUAAACAUUUUAUUUGAAACUGCGCAUGUGCGCAGUCCUACGAGCUUUAAAGCCCUGGGAAAUCCCUGGGAGGAGUGACGUAAGAGGGAACUUGCGCGUGAAUUAAAUAUCUUUAAAAUAAAAAACAGAUAACUAAAUCACAAUAACAAAAUCAUUCUUUCGAUUCAGUAUAUGUUAUUUACAGCAAUAAUCUGACAUUAAAUCGAUUUGCACAGAUCCCAAGUGACAUCAUCAACUAUGUUGUUAAACCAACAUGGUUCAAACGACGAAUGUGCGACAAAGUUACUAUGCUUUCGGGAAACAGUCGUGAGAAGCUAUAGGUCGUUUCUCCAAUGAUGCAUCGUACUAUGGUCGUUCAGCAACGAGUUACGUUGUUGUUUGGGAAACGCACCCCUGGUCUGAAAAUGAGGUGUGUUCAUGCGCAUUGUUGGAAAAAGACUACGUCAUUGACCAAUUAAAACCUGGUCUAAAGUCAAAAGUCAAUGGCGCAAUAUUGUUUUUGUUAUUUAAUUAGCGUCCGUCAUCUAAAUAGGGAUUAGCCUUACGCCAGUGCAACUGGGGAUAAAAGGGGAUGAGAGAUAAGACUCUCAUUGGUUUAUUGCAUGUUACGCCCAAAACACACCCAUUUUUCCCAUCGUUAAAUUAGCAAAAGUGGAUCCGGACACGCCCGUUAAGAAUAUGCGCCAUGCGCUUUAGACCAUGCACUUAGAUCGUUAAAAUAGGGCCCAUAAUCUUUACAGAAUAAAACCAUAAAAUAACAGCUUCAUGCAAAGCAUUCAUGCAAAGCAUUUUUUUUCUUCAGAUUUUGGUUCCCAGAAUGCUUUGCAUGAGGCUGUCAUUUUAGUUUUAUUCUGUAAAGAUUAAGACUUGUUAAUUUUUAAUGAUUAUUUAACUUUGAACAAACUGUUGCAUGUAAAUAACAUCAAUUUAAAUCUACAGUAAGUUACUGGCAAACAGCUGACAUUAAUACUGUAAUUUAAACAGAAAUUAAAAGGUGGGGUUGUAAAACUGUAUUUACAUAGACAUAGAUGAAUAAUAAGAGUUCUGUACAUGGUAAUGACAUAUCGUAAGCCUCAAACACGAUUGUUUCCCUCAUUCUUAUGUAAACGUUGUGCAUGCAAAAGCCUCCUGGAAAACACCUAACUGUGGCGUUACAGCCGAGAUGUAGGCCCCUAACAUUAAAUUACACAUUAAAUUAGGUACAAAGUUGUUAAAAUGUUUACUAAUGUGAGCUACUGGCAUGAGCCUCAGAGCAGAGCUCAACAUUAUUAUUUGUGACCCUUGCAAAUAGAGCAAAAAUAGACAAUUUCAUUCAAAGGACAAAUCCUAGGGUUGUAAAUGGACAUGUAAAAAUGUUUCUGGAUAGUUUUCGCACUUACUUUUCGCAAUUUAGAUAUAUUAUGCACUUUUAAAAGUAAAGGUGCUACAUGAUGUGAUAGAAGAACCAUGUAUGGAUGUAUGCUUCAAUAAAAACCUUUAACAUUUAAAGCCCUUGGCUUUUGAAGGAUGUUUGUAGUGAAACGGUUCUUUAAAAGGUAAGAAAAAAUUGCUCUUUUAAAAACCUUUGGAUGAAUGAUUUGUUGGGGAAUCAAAAUUGGUUCUUCAAUGACAUCGCUGUUUAAAGUAUUAUUAAUUUAUUAUUUCUCUUUAUAUUUUUGAAUAACAGUAAACUCAUCAGACCUGUGCAAUUUUAACCUUUUAAAUUAAAUUUGUUACAAUUAUAUUUUUGUCAACCAUAACAAUUAAAAAAAAAACAUUUUUAGGAUCAUGAGAAACAUUAUUAUUUAAGUGACCAUAAAGUGCUUAAAUGUCAUGAAAACCUUUUUAGCUUGAAAUAUGACUUGGAUAUUUGAAUUUGUUGACAGGUUUUGUGAGAUUCACGCAUGUAUGUCUUGAUCUAUUUUUUCAGCUUUGAUUCUCAGCUGUGCUGUCCUACUGCUGACAUCUGUAUGUGAACAUUAGUAGAGAUAUUUAUAGAGGCUUCAGGUUUCUCUGUGCCUUACCAGCUGUGGUGUGGAGUGAGGAGAAUUGUGUCGUGUAUGUUAGCUUAAAGACAACAUGGCCGAGACUCAACACAAUUCUCCUAUAUAGGUGUGCUGAAAUAGAUUUACAGCACACAUUCUGAACUUUAGAUUUUGAUAGGUAUGUACUUUAUUUUAAAUGUGCAUGUGUUUGGUCUGCUGUUUUAUCAUUUCAUUUAUACAGGUGUCUCUAGGCAAACAUUUCAUCUUCACACUGUGUUCAGUACAUUAUAAUGUUUUUCUUAUAGGGCUUAUUCGAUCUACGUCAUCAAUGUUCGCGGCGGCCAUAUUGUUGACAUAAAACUGUCAGUCUGUCAAUUGACAAGCGAGGCAGCGUGGGUAUUAUGCAUGGUAUUAUCGGUGUAAUUUUUUUUAAACCGCGCGAUGGUGUGUGGUGUAAUACACGGAUGUUCUAACAACAGCAAAAAGACCCCGGAAUUACUUUUUAUGCGAUACCUACUGUCAGAAAACAUGAAACGAGAGGAGUUGAACCAGCGAAGAAGAGACUCCCAACAGCAAAGUCUGUCCCCAUCAUUUUACCCCAGGUAACGUUAGGGAUAUAUGCUCACAGCAAAGUCUGUCCCCAUCAUUUGAUCACAUAUGGUUAGCUGUAAGCAGUGGCUGAAACUGCUCUUUCAAAUAAGCUGCCAUAAAUUGAGAGUGUUAUUAAAUAAGUAUUAAUAACUAUAUGAACAUAAUAAUAGGUCUGGCAUUGACUAGGUAGGGAAUUAAGGGCCGUUCACAUAGUUUUGAAAAUCGUUUUAUAUUAAACAGAAUAGCGGAGCUCACACCAAAACUAUAACGAUACAGAUACAAUGAACGACAUCAUUGGGAUCACUUUCUGAGCGAUUUUUCCACCUGAUGAAGGAUAAACCAUUGAUAGCAUUAAAAUCUAUUUGAACUUCAAGUGCACGGACACUUAAAAUGACAGUGAAGCUCAUUGCUGAGCUUUAUAACAUUAGAUUACCUCCAGUUGCUGUGAAAAUUGACUACGUAAUGCUUUUUAAUCUAUUACAUUAACUAACUGUUAUGCCAAAAGGUAAGAGAUACACAAACUAUUAGAUUCACUGUUUAGAGUUACGCGAAACGCAGCGUGUUGAGGACAUCUGCAAAAGUUUUUAUUACAAGCAAUAUUAAAGGCAAGUGAUUUGCGCGAGUGCCGUGAGCGAAUUAGCAUAAACGUAUUGUUUGGUGAUGUGGACGAUGAUAUAGUUAUCGUUAUCGUUAUAAUGUGAACGGCGCUUCAGUGCUUGUAUGAUGAAUGCGGAUACUGUAUGAACGAUAUAGUUAUAAAUAUCCGGAUAAGUUACGGCUGGCAAUAAGGACGGAUCUUUAUUGGGUCUAUUUGAUAUUGUUCCACAAUAAUCAAGCUCAUCUUCUCUUAAUACAGAUGAGAUUGAGCCAUUAGACUACUGCUCCCCUCGACUCAAAUCUAUGUGCGGCUAGGGGCAGGACAGAUGUCAUGUC